CCCGGCCAGCUGUUAGCAGGGGGCGGUGGGACUGAAAGCCCGGAGUCUAAGAAGGGGAAGCGCCCGGCGGCCGCCUCCGACACUGCAGUUGCAGCUCCUAAUGUCGCCGCAGUAAUCCAGCCGCUGCGCACUCUCAGCCUCACCGGUCACAGCACCGCAUCGCAGGGCCGAGCCCGGAUCCCGCCGCUCCUCAGGAUGGCCGGAGCUCCUCCAAGUUACUGCUUUGUGGCCUUCCCGCCACGUGCUAAGGAUGGUCUGGUGGUGUUUGGGAAAAAUUCAGCCCGGCCCAGGGAUGAAGUGCAGGAGGUUGUGUAUUUCUCCGCUGCUGAUCACGAACCGGAGAGCAAGGUUGAGUGCACUUACAUUUCAAUUGACCAAGUUCCGAGGACACAUGCCAUAGUGAUAAGCAGACCCGCCUGGCUUUGGGGGGCAGAAAUGGGAGCCAAUGAGCAUGGCGUGUGCAUAGCCAAUGAAGCCGUCAACGCCAGAGAACCGGCUGCUGAGACGGAAGCCUUACURGGGAUGGAUCUGGUCAGGCUUGGUUUAGAAAGAGGGACAACAGCUAAAGAAGCCUUAGAUGUCAUCGUCUCCUUGUUGGAAGAACAUGGACARGGUGGGAAUUAUUACGAAGAUGCAAACUCCUGCCAUAGCUUCCAAAGUGCGUAUCUGCUUGUGGAUCGAGACGAGGCCUGGGUGCUUGAGACCGUAGGGAAGUACUGGGCUGCUGAGAAAAUCACAGAAAGCAUCACUGUACAGACAAUGAUUGACAUCUUACGGGACAAAGCCAGUGGAGUCUGCAUAGACUCUGAAUCUUUCCUCACCACAGCCAGUAUAGUGUCUGUCCUGCCUCAGAACAGAAGCUCRCCGUGCAUUCACUACUUCACUGGGACCCCAGAUCCUUCCAGGUCCAUAUUCAAGCCUUUCAUCUUUGUUGAUGAUGUAAAACUCGUUCCCAAAGCACAGUCUCCCUGUUUUGGGGACGAUGACCCUGCUAAAAAGGAGCCUCGGUUCCAGGAGAAACCAGACCGCCGRCAUGAGCUGUACAAGGCCCACGAGUGGGCACGUGCUGUCAUCGAGAGUGACCAGGAGCAGGGCCGCGUGCUGAAGAAGACCAUGAUGGAGCUGGAGAAGCAAGGCCUGGAAGCCAUGGAAGAAAUCCUGAGCAGCCCUGAGCCCCCAGACCCCGCCGAGGUGGGGGACCUUUUCUAUGACUGUGUCGACACGGAGAUUAAGUUCUUUAAGUGAAGUGAGCAUUCCCUUUCCCCUUCUUAUUUAAAACUUCCCACCUGACUAAAUGACCAGCAAAACAAACCAUUCUCCUGUUUGAGUAAAAUGAGAAAAGUUAUCAGGUGGUCUCCUUUUCUGAAGCCAGAUCCAACUGUUACCUUGUGUCUCUAAAUGUCCCUUUCUCAGCCKUGUAGGUCCCCUUCCUUUGCUAUGUAACACGUAUCCCUCUGGCCUCUCCCGUUCAGUUGUGUGACAAAUUGUGGAUCUGAAGCUGCUAUUCUUGUAUUUCAGUGACAAUGGACACAUUAGCCUCUGGCAGGACUAGAGUUCAUGGAGGCUUGAAAGACAGGCUMCGCCUUGUUGAGUUGGUGGGAAAAGCAAGCUCUUUUGAAGUCUCAGUCUUUCAGUACCCGUUUCUUCCAGGUUAACAAAAGGCGUUUGUUGGCGCACACAGGCUCCUGUGUGUGUGGAGGGCAGGGGGCACCUCCCCAGCUGCUCUUCACCUGGGCGCAUGCCUGUGGGCACUGCAGUUUCCACAGGUGUUCCCUGGGGAACGAAGCCAAUGGGAGGGAAUAAAGGGGCUCUCAGCCGCCCCAUCUGUGUCCUAGUGUCCAUGAUCUCCAAGGACCUGAUUUCCAUGCRCUGUACUCGUGUGUGUGGUGGACCCAACCCUGCUUCAUAUGCGGGAGAGCUGGGAAGCACUGUUAGCCAGAACCUACACACCUUAGAGAUUCAGGGAGCCGUGCCAGUGACCUCCCAGGAUCGCCAAGUGGGUCUCCCAAAAGACAUGCUGCUAUCCCUACAGAGCAGUGCACCUACCAAGUAGAUGGGGCCUUGGGUAGGGAUGACKCCUGGUCUAGUGACCAGCAUCUAAUCUAGGAUUCAUUCAGUGGCCCUGAGGCRUAGUCCCACCCCAUGCAACUGUGACUCUCAGCUAAUGACGGAAAGAAAAGGAAAAAAAAAAUCUUGACUGUUUAGAUUGCAGUUGAAGUUGYUGAGAUUCGAGCAGUCGCUACUUUAUCUCAGCAGAGAGACUCCAGCUGAUCUGCUUCCAAUAUCAUAUCCACAUAAAGGAUUUGACCCACUAGUAGAGCAUAGAAAAGUAGGCAAGGAAGACCAGGUGAGCUCCAUACUGGGCAUUCAGAGGGCAAGAAGGUGACAGACAGAUACAAGAGGACAUCUCUGUGGGGUCACAGUCCAACUCCACCCCUCCUGCCCAGCCUGUCAGAACCCACACUUGGGUGUCUGAAGCAGCUGACCGCCUGGAUCUUUCCCCUUAGUCCUCAUGCCCUGCAGCUGCUUCCAGACUGGUAGUGGAAGUGGGCGGGAAGUGGUGGGGCUUGCCUUCAUCUAUGGAACUCUCUCCCAACUCCUGCAAUGGCAAAGUGGCAGAGAUGACUGAUAGGAGUGUCUGUUAAUAGAGCAGCUAGCGGGAGAGUGCUCUUUGGGUCUAAUGAUGCUUCAUCAUCCUUGACAUGAUUCUAGCAAAAGGAAAUAUUGGAUCAGUAGACUUGGAAAUGGCUCAGGGGUAGUCACUCCUCAGYAGCUAUGUCAUAGCCCAUGAGAGCUGAAAGGGACACAGCCACUCAUUAUGUGGGUGGAAUACCAAGGAUCUGAGAUUUUUUUAACGUUUUUCUUUUUCUUUUCCUUUUUUUUUUUUUUUUGUUGUUGUUCUGGGGAUGAAACCCACAGCCUUGAGUAUGCGAGGCAAGCACUCUCAAAUGCUCUCUACCACYGAGCCUUGUCCCCAGCCUCAGAAAUUUUAUGGGAAUGAAUAUUUUCUUUCUACAACUCUCCUUCAAGCGUGUAUGUAUAGAUUUGCCAAGAACUUUCUAUUCAGCAGUUUUGUAAAUUCUGUAUGUGAAAUCACUAAGUACAGAUGGGAAGACUAUUUCAGCUGACCAAGUUUAUGGCAGCCAGUAGUGGCAGCCUGUAGUGUAGGUUUGACCUGAGCUUUCACUGCUGAUGAGUUGAGGAUCUCCUCUUAGGUGGAGUGGCCAUUCUAGAAGCUGCUAAGGAGGAAAAGGAUGAAGUUCGAGAAUGAUGUAGGUACUUACCUCCCAAAGUCUACCUGAGGAGUGGUUAUUUAAAACGAGGUGUUGCAGAAAUCCUCUCUUUCAAUGCAUGGUCUCACCUGCACAGGUUAGGAAUCAUUUUAUCAGACCUGACCUGUCUGAGAUAGUCAGGGUAAUACAGGAUUUGAUCUGAAGUCUAGUGCAAAUAAAUCACACCAAGGCCUGCUUUUAUUACURUGGCCCAGGUCACAGAUGACCGUAGCAACUCGUUGUCUUUACCCAGCCAGUUGUGCAGUGGGAAACACAGUAGCUACUUCCUGUGCCCURGGAGAUCAUGACCUAAUGGGUGCAGGAAAGGGCCAACAUUGCAGGCAGGAAAGGGCCAACUGUACAUCAGUCACAGCUGUAAUGUCGAUGUCUUACCGCUAGAGGGUGUGCCUGCCCUCUGUGUGGGCCUAGUGCCUCCCAGCAAGCAAUGGAGGUGGGGGUCUGUGUACAGUCAAACCUGAAUAGCAGUGCUCAGGUUUCUUUGUGCAUUUGGGAAGGGUGGGGAAAGACUACAGAGAGCAAGCAGUCUGCUGAUGUAGCUGUACUCACGUUUAGUGACAACAGUCAGAAAUAUGUUGUUGAAUUUUGAGUAGGUUGUUGUAGGGGGAAUGUUUGCUUUUAAAUGCUCCUAACAGAUUUUGCUUUGGAAGAAUGCUUAUUACAUGGAUAAUUUCUUUUCCAGGGAUUGCUUUUCUGAAGGCUAUAUAGGGAAAAUGAAUAUUCAAGAUGAAACAUGAAACUAAUGUUUAAAGGUCACCAUGUGUAAAUAGCUUCCUAAAUACCAUUUGWAUAUCUAUUAAGAAGGUGGGGUGCCAGUGCAUGCUUUGUGCAGAAAGAAGUCAUGGCCAUAAAGGACAGAAUCUCUCCCCCACCUCCCCUGUAACCUAUCAUAAGCUAGUUAGUCUUGUCUAUUAGGUGGGAUUUACCAUAAGUGAAGACGGCCCUCAGAUCAAGGGCAGACACUCCAGUGAAAGUAAAUUAGCAAAGCAGAAAUAAUAGUGCUUUCAUUUUUGGAGGUGGCUUGAACCUUAGGUAGAAUAAGGACAUAAUCAAAAUUAUGGAGAUUCAUUAGUGCCCUGUAAUGUAAGACCUAAUGUUAUUAUUAGGAGCCACCCUACAAGCUAACAGAGCCGGUAUAUGCCUCUUAGAUCUUAGCAACGAAGUUCCUUUACUAUUGGAUGAAUCAUUAGGUCUAAAAAGUAAUUGUUGACUAAGCAAAUGACUGUGCAUCCUAAGAGAUGUCAUCUCACYUCCGUACAGGUGACACAUAGCUCUGGCUGAUAGCAGGGAAGACAGAUGGGACCCUGUGUCUGUCAUGAGGUCUCUAAUUGCAUUCCUGAUUGGAGACCCACCCAUCCUUUAUUGGAGAGGUCUUCAACUGAGCUCUUAGCUUUAGGAAGCACAGGGAGAAGAAAGCGAAGGGACCCACCUCACUGGGCAUGCUCUCUGGGAGGGGGAGGAGUGGCAGGUCACAUGCCUGGCUGUCCCAGUUCUACUGUAUGCUUCCUGUAGCUGUGGCAUUUCAUUCCACGCAGUCUUAAGUCCCUGCUGCCCUCCUUAGGUUUUUGUCAAAAUGUGCUUUAUCUGAUUGACACCAUACAUCUUGAAAUGUCACAUGCAGAAUUCUUGUGGGAACCAAUAUAUACAUGUUUGCAAUAAUGUUGUGAGAGUUUAAAUGUAUUAGCUGGAAAAUGCUACUGGCAGCGAAUUAUAAAAAAGAAAGUCUUCGUUUCCUGCAGUGGGAACUGACCAUGUAGUCUUAACAGUCUUUUGUACAACUAUCUACAAACCAGGUAAUGUCCCUUUAUCCAGUGCUUGCCCUUGGGAUUGUCUCUAAAUGCAUCAAGCAUACAAUA